AUGAAGCCUUACGAUACUUCAUAUAAUCGACUUAAGUUUGUUUUAGCAUUAAUUAUAUUACGAAAUAAACCUGUCGAUUGGAAAAUCGAAGAUUACAUCCAAUUCAUAAAUCGCAAUGAUGUACAACAAAACAAUUUAAACGAAAUAACUCAAAAUGUUAAGGAGAAAAUUAGUAACGAUAAUAAGGAAAAACAAAAUAAUCAAGAAGUAAGCAACAGUAAUAAUGCUAUUGUUGAUGAGCAUAAUAAUUCACAAUUGAGAUGGCGGAAAAGAGCAUUGGAAUUGGCAAAUAAUGUCGAUUCUUUGAAACAGCAACUAUGUUUAGUUGAGCUAGAACUUGAAAAUGCAAAACAAAGUACUGUGACAAAUAAAAGGAAGAAAACAAGGGUUCAACAGUCUAAUUCUAUAUCCGGAACCGUUGAAGGAGAUAUUUUUUCAAAGAAACAAUCGGAAAAAAGAUCAUCUGCAAAAAGAGAAUUAAAUAAAUAUCAGGAUCCUGAUGUUCAAAUAUUUCAAAAGCUUCCAGGAGCUGAUGAUACUUGGGGUCAAUUUGAUAUUAAUCAAGCAAUGUCGUUUCUACAACAAAUAAAGCUAUUGAUGUCAGUAGCAACUACAAUGUCGGAAAAAUCAACUAUUGAAAUUCAUUCGCCAAUAUUUCUUGAAUCGCCAUUACUUUCAGACUUUGAGAAAAAUAAUAUCAUUUCAACUAUUGCAACAUCUUUAACAUUCUUGAUUCAAGCUAUCCACAUAUUAACUACAGUGGAAAUCGAGGAACUAAUGCGAGAAAGUAGUGAACUCGAAGAUAUUGAUGAAUCAGAGAUAUCUUCGGAAAUUCAAGAUCCAAGAGAUGUAAUAACAUUCGUUUUAAUUCACGUAUGUAAUGAAAUUGAACCGAGACUUAAGGAAGCCGUUUGUUUUGUGGCAGCAAAAGAAUGCCUUCAAUUAAUCAUUAAAGAAUUCAACAUGUAUAAAGAAUCAACAACCGAUGAUACAUAUUCUUUCAUCAAUACGAUCAUGUCCAAUAUUGGUUCAGGAAAACCCGUUUUUGAACCUGUAAGUAGUAUUGUAUGUAAGGACACCACAUAUUAUUUGUUAUGGAUUCUUGAAGAAGUAUUAAUUAAAAAUCAGGGAUGUAAACCGGAUAAUGUGAUUCUCUUGGGUAAGGAUUUAUAUUAA